CCCAAUUUAUCCCUCUUUGAACUGCCCUGGAAACGCAUGGCAAUGCUUCAUCUAUAACUUGGCCUCGUCACGGUCUAGGUGCAAUCGCUAAGGUCAUAUGGCAGCUCUUACGAACGAUCAGGUCAGGUCCCUUGACCAGGCGCGGCAGCGACUCCUAGCACUCCAUACCUCGUUAAUCGCUCUACGUUCAGAAAUCACAACGCAAAACCAGCUGCCCUCAUGGCCUUCUUUACAGACCCACGCGAAUCUGAUAUCCAACAAUCUCCAGCAGAUUGCAGCACAACUUUCUGAGUACCAGGACCUUUUCAAGUCUACGGUCGCUUUCCCUCUCCCUCAAUUCCCUGGUAAGGAACGGGCCUUCAUCCUUGAGACUUUACUGCGGACGAAGCUCGAGCCGAAUAUAGAGGACUGGAUCGAGGAGGGAGGGAAAAUCGCUGCGGGACAAGCCAAAGACUCGCAUUCAGGUCUUUCUGCUCAGGAACGCAGUGCUCUCUGGCAAUGGGCGCCUGGUGCUGCCAACAGAGAAGCACGAAGACAAAAGUGGGGAGCAGAUUACACCCUAGAGGAGAAGCAACGGGGCAUAGCAACGGUUGUUACAGGCCUACAACGAGAAUUGAUUGAGCCACCCGAUGACGAAGGUGAUGACGAGGGUGACGAGGAAGAAGAGGAAGAGGAAUACGAAGAAUCAGAGGAGGAAGACGAGGAUAAGAUGGACGUCGAGCUGACAAAGUCUCAAACGACUGCUGCUACAUCCAAGACCACAACAGCAAUUUCAACGACUCCAAACCAAAUGUCUGUUGACAAGAUCCACAAAAUCAUGGUGACAGGGAGAGGUCUAGGUUGAAGGGGAACACUCGUCCUUCCAUUCAAAAUCAUACAACGCAAACAUCAAACCAAGAGCUACCUGACACAGAUAUGGCCUGCUUGUCUUUCGGACCUCCAAUUACAAAGGGAUGGCUUGUGGGCGGGCAUAUUUUAUUGAUCUACAACAUGGCUUUAGGCAUCUGCUUCAUGGCCUGCCGCACACCAAGAUCGGCCAGGACCUCCUCGGCACCUCCGAGGAUAGCAUCGAAUUUGUAGAUGCGGUGGAACUGCUCCACGACACGUCCCAUGCCGGACUGCGUGAUACCCCUACCACCAAAGAUAUUCACGGCAUCGUCGGCGAUCUCGUGCGCACAUCUGGUGGAAUAGCUCUUCAAGAAGCCAAUCGGUCCACCCAAAAGUUUACUCUGCUGGGCAUAACUCAUAUUACACAUCUGAUAGUUUUUGGCGGAUGACGGGCUGUGUGAUGAGAGGCUUGCCGAACACGAUGCGCUGGUGCGUCCACUUGAGGCAUUCCUCGACGACGGUGCGCAUCCAGCGGAUCACCUGGCCCGUAAUGGCCCACCGUUCGUGGUUGAAGUUGCUCAUGACGACGAUGAAGCCGUUGUCUUCCUUGCCCAGGAGGUGGUUCACGGGAACCUUGACGUUUUCGAAUUGAAUAAACGCCGUACCCGCGGCUGUCGAAUAGGAUGUCUUGAUGCGCUUGGUCUCGACGUUGUCGUCGCGCGGUACAAUGAUGACACUGAUUCCCUUUUCUGUCUUGCACGCUGUGACAAAAUAGUCGGCGAACAUGCCGUUGGUGAUCCAUUUCUUGGUUCCUAUCGAAUUUCAAGUCAGCCAAGUUUGCCCAGUCGUCCACCAUCCUUGGCUGGCAGGCCAUCUCAGGUAGCUUAGGUAGGUACUAGGUCGCCAACGAGGAAAAGACGGGGGACGCUUUGUUUGCUCUUACCAUUGAUGAUAUAAUGUUUUCCGUCCGCCGUCUUUUUCGCCGUCGUCCUGAUGCCCGCGACAUCGCUGCCGGCGAAGGCCUCGGUGAUGGCCAGACACAUGUACUUUUUCCCGGUGAGGCACUCGUGCGUCAGCCGGUCCCUCAGCGCGGCGUCGUUGGCCCACUGCCUCACGGCCGUCAGACUGAUCAUCA